GAAAUGUACGGAUAAUUUAUAUGUAUAUACAUAUCAUAUCUAAUUAUAUGGGUGUUAUAAUUAAACCAAUUCUAUUCCGAAUUAUAAAAUCUUAUCAAGUUUCCUUGACAACUUCUUAUCCAUUUAAUACAUCAAGUCAAAUAUUGAUUUUAAAUUCUAAUGAUAUCUAUCGAAAUUUAGCUUUUGAAGAAUGUUUAUAUCAUGAAAGUGAGAAACACUUGAAAUAUUUAAAGGAUAAACCAUCAUGGUUUACAAAAAUCUUAUUAUGGCGUAGUAAUUCUUGUAUUGUAAUUGGUCGAUUUCAAAAUGCUUGGAAAGAAGUGAACAUUCCAUUGUUACAUUCUAAUGGUUGGAAAUUAGCUAGACGUCAUUCUGGUGGUGGUGCCGUUUAUCAUGAUCUUGGUAAUUUAAACAUAUCAUUUAUACAACCUAGAUGUUAUAUGGAUAGACAGAAAUGUAUGGAAUUUUUACAGUCGGUUUUACAACCAUUAUUAAUUCCUUCAAAUUGCUCUAUACAUAUUGGCAAUAGAUAUGAUUUGUGGAUUUCAGAAAAUCAAACUAAUACAAAUACAUUGCAAAAUAUGUCAAAAAUAUCCGGCUCUUCAUCGAAAUUCGGUGCUAAUAUGGCAUAUCAUCAUUGUACAUUACUUUUUGAUGCAAAUUUAAACAAUUUAUCUGAAGUACUGAAACCAACUUUUAUAAAUUUAAAAACCAAAGCAACUGAUAGCAUUCGAAGUCCAGUGAAAAAUUUAAAUUUAAACAUUGAACUACUUUUAAAUACAAUCAUUGAAGAUGGUUUAAAAUGGAUAUCCAAAAAUGAUUUGAUUACAUCUAACCCUGUUGUAACCAAUAUAUUGGAAGGUCAAGAAGAUCAAUUUAUCCAUUCAAUGAAAGAUUUUCAACAAACAUUAACAUUGUCACAAACAUGGUCAUGGAUUUAUGGCAAUUCACCAAGUUUUCAAUUAGCAUUAGAAAAUUAUGAACCUAAUCUAUCUUAUCUUACUAAUCAAUUUGGUUCCAUUGUCAUAGAUUGUAGUCGUGGUGGAGUUUUUAAAUCUAUUGGAUUUGAUCAUUCUCAUAAUGGUAAUAUGGAUCCUUUAUUGAAAGAUUUUUUAUCAGAGUUAACUAUAUGUCUUCAUGGUGCAGAAUGUCGAACUAAUUCAUGGGAUUUUAUAUUGGAUCAAUUUGUAUCUAAGAAACUAAUUCAAUUGAAUGGUGAAUAUAUGUCUAAUGAACAAUUGUUAAUAAUUAAGGCGUUAAAAAUGAUUUCUAGUCUAUUUUAAUACGAUUUUUAUUGAUUAAAACCAUAUCUCUAGUUUACUUUUAUUAUGGAACAUAUUAUGUACAAGAGCACUUGUUUUUCAUAUGUUCGAAAGCGUAGUUAGAUAAUCGAUCAUAUUGGUCUUCAUGGAGUUAAUAUAUGAUCCAGAAUCGAG